AUGUUCCUUCUACGGCUGCCAGAUGAUAUCCUCUUCCUCUUGGCUGAUGAUCUGUCGCGAGAGAGGGACAUCAAUGCCCUUGUGCAGACUAGCCGUCGAAUUUACCUACUGCUAAACCGACUCCUCUACCAGUAUAAUAUCCGACAUUCCCACAGCUCCGCUCUCCGGUGGGGUGUGUCGGUGGGCUGCGAAGGCACCGUUAGAAAAUGUCUAGAGCUAGGCGCAACUAUUGACUGUAAACUCAAGGCGGACCUGAAGGAUGAGGACGAAGACAGUGAUACCCCGCUGGUGAACAUUGCAUCCGAACGAGGCUACGAUCGUGUCUUGAAGCUCUUACUAGACUAUGGUGCCAACCCGAACGAGGAUGGACAUUUUCCUCGGGUGCCACUUUCGUUAGCCAUUCGAAACGGACACGAUGCAGCUGUGCGAGUAUUAUUAGCCCGAGAAGGUACAAACGUUACCCUGCCUUCCGCUCCGUUCAGCCAACAGCCGCUGCAUUACGCUUUAGAACGAGGAUCUCUAGAAUAUGUUCAACUCCUGCUCGAACGAGGCGCAAAUAUCCAAGAGUAUACGGCUCUAUCGCUCGCUGCAGUCAUGGGACACCAGGUACUGGUCCAGUGCUUCCUCGCGCUUGGACUGGAUCCGAAUUUUCGGGACCGUACCGGAUUCACUGCUCUCGGGCACGCGGCCAAGGAAGGCCAUGCAGACGUCGUCGAGACGUUGCUUGCAUGGGGCGUCGAGACGGAAAGUCUCGGAGAGGACGGAGAGACAGCUCUAUCAUGGGCGUCCAGAGAAAAUCACGAAAAGGUGGUGGAUCUUCUACUGCAGCACGGGGCACAUCCAAAUUCGUCCGACUCUCGCGGCGUAUGUCCGCUCUACUGGGCCGUCACGAACGGUUCGAUCCCCAUAAUCAAAGCGCUCUUGGCCCACGGUGCCAGGCUGAACAUUAAAACUGAAGGAGGAGAAACACCCCUCCAUAUCGCCGUACGGCGGAACGAUCAGCCGCUGGUCGAGAUACUCAUACAGCUGGGCAUUGAGGUGGACAAACCAGACAAGAGGGGCCAGACUCCUUUCGCCCUGGCUGCCGCGUGCGGUCGCAUCCAAAUAAUGGAGCUUUUGCUGGCCAGCGGCGCUGACAUGACUAUCCGGGAUCACAGCGAUCGGACACCAUUGCACAUAGCCUUCGCGAGACAUCAAGAUGCCGCCGCUGAGUUCUUGCUACGACGAGGUGCUGAUCCGAGCUUCGCAACCAUCCAUGGUUCCGAGCGACUCUUCUACGCAGUCGAAGGAAAAAUGGUCCGGAUCACGCGGUUUCUACUGGAGAGCGGUGUUGAUCCCGACCCUGUAGAUCACUGCGGCCGUACCCCGCUGCUGAUUGCCUGUGAGUUUUUCCGGGAGAAUCGCUGCGAGAUAGCUGAGAUGCUGCUCCGGACCGGUCGAGUGAACAUCCAUGCCCGAAAUGCGGAACAUCGCACGGCCCUUAUGUKCGCGACCAUGGAAGAGAAUCCUCAACUUGUACGACUUUUGCUCUCCCACGGUGCAAAUGUCGACGAUAGGGACGAGGAGGGGUGGACUUCUCUUGCGACUGCAUGUGCCUCGGGGGACGAGGAGAUAUGCAGGAUUCUGCUCGAGGCUGGGGCAGACAUCAACAGCCGGGACAACUAUGGACAUACUCCUUUAUAUCAUCAGGUGGGGAACGUCAGUGGGCCCUUUUAUGAAUUCUUGCUUGAAAUGGGCGCAGAGCUCCGAUAG